AUGGAUUUGUUUGCGAAGUUAGGCGAGGCCUAUAGCGAAGACAAACUGGGAAACCGCAGGUACAUUGCAAGGAGCGAGCUCGAGCAACUCGUUACCAAAGAGACCGUCGAAGAAGAGCUUCGACAAGCACAUAAGCGAGGAAUGUUUUCCUUGUUUCGAACAAAACGACAAGCGAGGGUCAAGCUAACCGAGAGAGUGAUGGAAAAGGGACGAAAGUUAUUUGCCACCUGCGUGUAUCUCAGCCAGCCUUGGGGAGUCAAGCUUCUCCUCGACGCCCAAUUUACAGAUCAUGAUCUUCCUUUGACCAAGAAUGGUAAUUCCUUAACAUGCGAGAGGAGCAGCAACAAGCGGUUCGACUGGCCUGCCGAUUGGGAGUUACCAAAGCUGGACGUGUUCGUCGAUAAGCAGUGGCUAUUUUUGGCGCCUGUCUUCAGUACCACAGGCAAUCAUCAAACCAUUGAUCCAAUGUGCCCUCUUCCUUUCUCGUCCGUGGACGAGGUGAAAGGUACAAACAACAAUGUUGUAUUCAAGGCCAUGGUUCACCCUUCUCACCAAAAGGGAUUUGAGAAUGAAACUCCAAGGCUCAAAGUCGCACUGAAAGAGUUCAAGUACAAGCAGGAUUUUCAACAAGAGUUCAACAACCUCGACAAGAUACGUGAUUUAAAGCACGCGAAGCACAUCACGCAGAAACUUGACUCCUUCAGGCAAGGGAACAAGAACUAUAUCAUUUUCCCCUGGGCAGAUGGCGGGGAUCUCGUCGACGUAUGGGAGAAUAUGGACGCCGAAGAUAGAUCGCCAGAACUUGCGCUAUGGGGUCUAGAACAGAUGCUUGGCCUAGCUGAGGCCCUCCAGGCUCUCCAUGACGAGAUGAAAGACCAGGAAAACUGUCGCCACGGAGACCUGAAGCCUGGAAAUAUCCUUCAUUUCAAAACCAGAGGCUACGGCAUCUUGAAAGUCGCUGACUUUGGCAUUUCCAAGGUACAUGUUCUGGGAACAUUGCAGAGAAACGACCCCACGACAACAAAAGCAACGACUCCUGCUUACCAAGCCCCCGAAGGAGAUUCGUCAAAGACAAGAUCGCGUAAAUAUGACAUCUGGUCACUUGGAUGUAUCUUCUUGGAGUUCACCUUGUGGAUCGCACGCAGGAAUACAGCCGUUAAGACCUUUGAUGCCGUUAGAAAGGCAAAAACACCGGGUGAUGAAGCUUACUUUUAUGAGAAAGUCGAGAAUGAGCCAGUUGUACUUCAUGAAGUGCAAAACGCGUUCAGAGAUCUGAGGAGUCUUGCUAAAUGUGGCGAAGACACGGCAUUUGGGCACCUGCUAGAUAUUAUUGAGAACGAUAUGAUCAAGGUCAAGGUCGAGGAAAGAAUCGAAGCGGGGCUACUGUGCGAUCGACUUAAAAGGGUCCUGAAGAGGGCGAGAGAAGACACCGUGUAUCUGUUCAAGAAUGGGUUAAGGAUAGACAGCUAA